GUCACAAAUUGUACUGUGUUUGCCUUGUCGUAGACUAGAGGAUGAAUGAAACCUCGCUGGAUAUAAAUACACCACAGAGGUACGGAGUAAAUAAAGGUGAAAAUAACCGGAGGUGACAGAACCAGUUGGCAUGUUUAUGGGCGCUGGCAUAUCUCAGGCUCCAUCUCUCCUGCUUUAUCACACCGCUCACCCAAUCUCACCAUCUCUGGCUCUUAACCCUGGAUUACCGCCCGCGAGAGAGAUCACAACACCCAAUCACAGACCACGGAAGGGAUUAAGAGCGAGAGAGACAAUCUCUCACGAGGGAUUCUUCGAAAAAUUUGUAAAGAACAGUCAGGGGAAAUUUAGAGAGUUAGAGAGACAGCGGACAGAGGGGAAAAAAGAGAGGGAGGGUUGCCAAAUGACAGCGAGAGAGAGAGAGAGAGAACGCACUUAUGCAAGAGAGGCAUCAAAGAGAAUUCAGUCAGACUGUGUUUAUACGGCUCGCUCCGUUGAUGUGGUGAAGAGUUAUAAUCCUGAAGAACAGCGGAGCGUUUCGUCUUCACCAUGCACAUCCUCCAGUCCCACUGCGUUAUCAGGUGGCUCGAUGGCCCGAAAAGAAAGAGAAAGAACAGCCAGUGUUCGGUGAAGAGCAUGUCUGGGUACAUCCCCAGCUAUCUGGAGAAGGAUGAGCCGUGUGUGGUGUGUGGAGACAAAGCUACCGGUUAUCACUACCGCUGCAUCACCUGCGAGGGCUGUAAGGGCUUCUUCAGGCGCACCAUCCAGAAGAACCUCCACCCCUCUUACUCCUGUAAGUACGAUGGCUGCUGCAUCAUUGACAAGAUCACCCGCAACCAGUGCCAGCUGUGUCGCUUCAAGAAGUGCAUCGCCGUGGGCAUGGCCAUGGACCUGGUUCUGGAUGACUCCAAACGGGUUGCGAAGCGGCGCUUGAUCGAGGAGAAUCGUGAGAAGCGGAAGAAGGAGGAGAUGGUUAAAUCCCUGAAGAAUCGGCCAGAACCAACCAGCUCUGAGUGGGAGCUGAUCCGUAUGGUGACAGAAGCUCACCGUCACACCAAUGCACAGGGCUCUCACUGGAAACAGAAACGCAAGUUCCUGCCGGAGGACAUCGGACAGUCUCCGGUGGCCCCUACAUCAGAUGGGGACAAAGUGGAUUUGGAGGCCUUCAGCGAGUUUACUAAGAUCAUCACCCCAGCCAUCACACGUGUCGUUGACUUUGCCAAAAAACUGCCCAUGUUUUCGGAGCUGCCUUGUGAGGAUCAGAUCAUCUUGCUGAAGGGCUGCUGUAUGGAGAUUAUGUCCCUACGUGCUGCAGUUCGGUAUGACCCAGAAAGCGAGACCUUGACCCUAAGCGGAGAGAUGGCUGUCAAACGAGAGCAGCUAAAGAAUGGAGGGCUGGGUGUUGUGUCUGAUGCCAUCUUUGACCUAGGCAAGAGUUUGGCACAGUUCAACCUGGAUGACACAGAAGUGGCCCUGCUGCAGGCCGUACUGCUUAUGAGCUCAGAUCGAACAGGCUUGACAUGUGUGGAGAAGAUCGAGAAGUGUCAGGAGAUGUACCUUCUAGCGUUCGAACACUACAUCAACUAUCGCAAGCACAACAUUCCUCAUUUCUGGCCCAAGCUGCUGAUGAAGGUGACGGACCUGCGCAUGAUCGGGGCCUGCCACGCCAGUCGCUUCCUGCACAUGAAGGUGGAAUGCCCCACUGAACUCUUCCCCCCUCUUUUCCUGGAGGUCUUCGAGGAUCAGGACGUGUGACGUCCCAGCGAACUGCGGCAGGAGAAUCAACGUUUUGUAACCCGUGUUCCUCAACCCGUCUCACCCCUAUCCAUGCACCAAACUCACCAGCAGCAGCUGCAUUGGCAGGGGUCAUCUUCAGAAAGGCUUUCAUACGGGGGUUUAAGUCGACAACUUUUUUUUUUUUUCACAAAACAGCCCUCCCUCAUCCACUAAAAUCUCCACGCGUGGCCCUUCUGUCUCUGCAUGAUGUCUUAUACUGGUUUACCAACACCUUAGACACAGAAUAUACAUCUACACACACACACACACACACUCCUGUAAGUGUGCUUACAGAUGCAGUACUUAUGCGACUCAAAUGAGCUUGUAUGCAUUUGUACACGUGCAGACUGCACUACUGUCACGUCACCACUGGAGGCGCCCUCUGCUAAGACUGGAUGGCAGCUGGCAUAUAGAUUCCUCCGCCAGGUCGUGAAGUGGUCAGUACAUUUUGUCGAUUGAAAUCUCAGCGUUCUCGUGAGCUUAACCGUCGGUAUCUCAAGCUUCGCGCUAACAUGGAUUUUCUUUAACAGACCUCGUGAUUCUCUUUUGAUAUUGAGCCUGUGUGUGGAACGGGAGGAAUUUUUGUGAACCAAAUCAGGUGCUAUAUUUAAAUAAAGCUACUCAAAAUGAUUUGGGACUUUCCGAGAAUAUACCCCCCUCCCUUCUCUGUAGGACAAGGACCGUUGAAAGCUAUCGGUUGCCAUUUUAGUGCUCCAUUCAGGGGUGCCGCUCAGUGACUUCGUGUGCGGUUCAUUCUUGCCAUUGUCUGGGCUUAUUUGUGGGUUCCCAGAGCCUCUCUUUGUCCCAGGAAAGUCACGCAGAGAGAGAGAAAAUCCAGGCGCCCCUACACCUCCAAUUCGCACUGAUUUGUGUGUUUUACAGAUGUCGGAAGGGAGCCAGUAUUAACGUACUCCCAGACCCAACACACACAACGUACUAAAACACACACCUCAAAACUCGAAUGCCUCAUUUUUACUGUAUGCACUGCAGUGCUGUAGUUCUGGACUCCCAUGCAGGGCUUUGAGAGUUCAGUCCAGCCCAUCUGUGUUCCGCUCAGAUGCUACUGUUGCCCGGUCUGUGCGAACUCACACGCACACUCCUGACGGGCCAUGGCGGACUGGCUGUCGUUGAUGUUUUUUCUUUGUGUUGUUUUUGUUUUACCUCAAAUGUGGGCACACCUUCGGCUGGCUGUGGCUCUUAGACUGCCUCUGUGCUGACAGGUUCUACCUCACCUCUGGACACAGGGCAGCUACCCUCAGCCACACGCACACACACACACACACAUUUACACACACACUGACAGCCAGGAUAGAAACACUCACAGACACAGUUUCUUCUCAGUUACGUUGAAAUACCACUGUAGACAGGAGGGCCUGCCAUUCCUCAUCAUAGCCUGUCAGAUUUCUCAGAGGUCUCUUCACUUUGGGCUGAGAGAAAAAACAAUUCUGCGUAGGCUUUUUGUUUGUUUUUUUUUUUGUGUGGGACCAAGUGUCAAUUUGAUUUCCGUCAAAACGGAAGCUAGUUUUCAGCAGACGGCGAACUAAACCGUACAUGCCGCUGACUACGAAGAGGAGCCGUGGAGAGAACUACAGAUGAAGGACCCAAGGUGGCCAGGCCUGGACCGAAUGGGUCUAUCCCGGUUUCUUUUUUUUCUCAAUACCAAGCAGUAAUUUGCAAAGCGGAGCUAGGAGUCGGCUGGUUUCUUCAUGGUAAGGCAGGGGACGUGGAGAAGCUAGCAGUUGAAUGAUAGCACUUAGCUUUGAAAGAGCCAAAUCUUCAGAGACUAUUCAACCCCUGGCACCUUUAAAGGAGUUUUUGCACUAAGGCAUGAUGGGUCCCACCCUCCAGCUCCUUCAACUCAGUCAAAUGUUUUCCAAGGACACGCCCCCAACCUCUCUGUCAAACAGAGGCCACACCUACAUGUGCUCCUGAGCACACCCUCAGAGUCAGUAUUAAGUCAAGCAAUGCCCGCAACAAAUGACGAACGAAACACUCAAACACAAAUUCGCGAACAGACCUCUGUGUCCCCGCUCCCCUAGAAGCCAGAAGUGGCUUGAGACGAAUACCCAACAGAAACGGGCUUUUCCUUUGUGAGACAAAGGAGCGGCCAAGCCAUGCAAAGAAUGGCAGCACCGAAUGAAUGUGAACGAGGAGCAGCUGAAUGACAGAGCCAGGAUGAGAAGUUGCUCUAUAAAGAGGUUCGGAAGGAAGACAGCCAAUCAGAGCGAGAGGAACUUUAAGCAUUCCGUAAACACUCUACAUGGAGUUCCAUCUUGGAAUAGGAGUGACGCAGCAGUGGUUGUGAUUGGCUGAUGGAGUGAACGCAAGGGUUUCGAUGCUGCUUUACCUUCUAAUUUUAUUUGAGAGAGAUAGAAAAAGAAAAAAAAGAUAUAAUAAAAGAAUUACAAACCCAGAAAACAAAUAAAAAAAAUGACUCCAGAACAAAGAGUUCAAAUCUCGGAGCUUGAGCUGUUCGUUUCUUUCUUUUUGUUUUGAACUGAAAUGUGUGUGUUCGUUUUCAAUGCUUAACUGCUCUAUGUAAGAGAGAAAAACAACAGCCGUAGUCACUUUUUGACCAUGCGUGCAGUGUAAACUAGAGAAUUUCACCUCUUUUUCACCUCACUAUAGUUUGUAAUGAUAAGUCGACUGCUCUGUUUGUCUGUGUAUCUGUCCUUCGUCUUUUUAUCAAGAGGAAUUUACAACAAGAAACAGGAAUAUUUUCUUUUUUAUAUUUUGUUUUCUUUUUUUAUGAAAGAAGACUUAGAAAAAAAAAACAUGAGAAAUAAUGCAACAGAAACUGAGAAAAAAAAAAAAAAAAAAAAAACUGAAACACAAUCUUCUCAUACCUCACACAACACAAAGCUUAAAUGAACUUGGGAGGAGUGCUUAUCUGCGUGGCACUUGUGUCAAAGUGCGUCCAGUGCAUGUGUUGAACUGUACGAUGGGGUGUAUGUGCCCAUGAGCGCUCAUGUGAUCGUGGAGGCACACAGCCCCCUCCUUCAACCUCGAAAGCCCAUCCGUUUUGGAUUUGCACCAGUUGCAUGCAUUAGCCUCCGUUCGAGAACGGUGUCACCAGUGCUGAUGCGACGGGCUGUGAUGGGAGCUGAUGGGAGCUGACGGGACGCGGUGUGGCUGGAAGGCUGGAAAGGGAGUCGUGUGCAUCCGUGACAGCAGAGAGCGCUCCGUGGUAUUGAAUGUAGCUGACAGGACUGGGCUGGAACCGAGCCCGGGAACUAGAACCUCACUUCAGGUCACCAGCAAGAGUGGACAGUGCUGUCAAAAUGAUGUUACACAAACAGCUUACUAAGCGUAUAUUGCCCGCCUUCAAGGUGCAAUACUUGUGUUUUGUUUUGUUUUGUUUUUCUUUUUUGUACUUUUACAAGUUUUUUGGCCAUAACCAAGGAUGUAAAUACGAAACGAAAAAGAUAUUGAAAGAUUAAAUCACUAUGUGUUAACCAUAUGCAACCGUCACAUACUGGAUGUCGAGGCCAGAACGCAGCCGGCUGAUCCCGCCGCUUUUGUAAAGUAAAUCUGCUUACGUAGCUAUGUAAAUGCUUCACACAUCUGUAUGUGUGCUUCAGCGCACUCGCAAACGUGCAUGUUCAAUACAAACAUGAAGAAGAAGUGCCCCAUGAAAUUCAAAAAAUCCAACCCUGUGCCUCCGCAACCCUCUGCCCCCGCACUCAAACCGCUCUUUUUCGACAGGGUAGCUAGACCUACAUUUGUUCGCAAGGUCAGAUUGCUGGUAGAGACGUACAGUAGGUGGGUAUGGUCUGGUACCCAGAAGCACUUAUUAGCUGGCCUCGCUACUGCCAAUCAGUUUCUUCAGAGGAGAACAGUAGAUACUGGUUUUGUUUCGCUUUGGUGGUAGUGGUGGUGUAGUUUUGUUUCUCGCCCUUUUUUUUUUUUCUUUUUUUUUUUAACAAAAUUUUGUGUUUAUUUAAAGAAAGACAAAAAAUGCCCAGAAGCAAGAAUGUCUAUGCAAUGCUAAACCCUCUGAUAGCAUGAUGACUGUGUCAUUGACCCCAGAUUAGCGGACAUGCCUCUAAACACUCCCCCUCCCAGAGUCCCACCCACCGCAACUGCAUGAGCCUCAGUCAGUUUGUCUGUUCAUCAGUCAGUGUCAUAGUCAAGGAAAGGAUGGCCCUAACUGCUGCCUGAGACCUGCUUUGUCAAACCUCACGAACAUUUGAGGGCGCUAGUUCAACUUUCCUCUCAUCUCCGAUGAUGUCAUCCGCUGAGGAGGGACUGCAUUUGUGUUUCUAUGUAUGUGUUUGCGUCGAAUGCUCUCAUGGUUCGGUGGAUUGGUACUACCUGCGGCUAUUCCUUGGUCGACCAAGAAAUGUUCAAAUUAGUUCCAAUUCUUUCCCCUCUCAGCUGUCUAACUGAAUAUCAGACCAAACUCAGUCAAAGCUGAAGUGUGUCUUUUUAUAUAUAUAUAUAUAUAUAUAUAUAUAUAUAUAUAUAUAUAUAUAUAUAUAUAUAUAUAUAUAUAUAUAUACAUGCAAAAUCAAGUACUUUAUAUGUUAAAAUACUUCAUUAUUACAGUAAUUAAUUUCUAGGCUGAUUUCACCAAAAACAAUGUGCCUCUGUGGCACUAUCAAAACAUUUCACCAGCCUAGCAACAGCUCAACCAAUGGUGAGAGUUUGGGGCGGGGCUAUCAGUUUUAUCUAGCCAAUAGCAGAAGAGGGGAGUGCUUGGAAACCCGCAGUUCCAUUUAAUGACACUAGUGGCACAGAAAUCGCACACUUCAGCUUUAACACAAUAUAUCGAAAGCCCCAAACGAAAUGAAAAUAAUCAAGAAGCACUCUGUUUUUGAACAUUUGAGUUGGUUUGGGCCGCCCUCACCACUGUGACGUCAAAGCCUUCAUUUUCUCAUUUCCUUUGAUUGCGCCUUCAUUCGAUUGGACUGUGUUUGUGAAUAUGAACAAGUGCUCAUGUGCAAAAUGCACCCAGCCAUGAGAGUUUGAGCAGAGAGCGGGGAUGAUGUCCGUACCACAGCUGUUUUAAAUGAGACUGGAAAGGAAAGCUAUUGAAGGAUUCUCUCAGGUAUCAACAAAAUAAAAAAAAGACAAAAAAAAAGGAAAUAUAACAAACUUUUUUUUAAUAAAUGUUGAAAAAUUCCAGCCAUGCCUUCUUGUUAGCUCAUCAUUCUUUGCUCUCUGAGUUGAAGAUGUGCUUUCAGUGUUCUUGUCCUGUGGUCUUCUUUUUAGUGUUCAUCAGUCUCUCUCUCACACACAUUUCUCCUGCACUCUUGGGGCUGCUUCAGUGGGGCUCGUGAAAAGCUUGGUGAGAACACAUCUCUGCCUAUCUAAUCGUUAAAACAGCGAGCCUUUGUAUUUCUGCAAAGCAUAGUUUUGAUACACAAGCAUGCAGUGGAAACGGAUCCAGUCAAACCUGUCCUACUUAAAGGUGCACUAAGUAUAUUUUUCUGAAGCACUUAUGAAACCCUUUUGGACUCAUGCUGACACCUACUGGUGUGGAUGAAAUGCUAUAUAAAUGUGCUGUUUUCUGUUUUCUGAUAUUAUUCUGUUGAUGAUAAUAGUUGGGUUAACAAGAAAAUUGAGUACCAUUCAGUUGGUCAUGUCAUCUUAAAAUGGCAAACUCCAUGAAGCGCCCCGUUUUUAUUAGGCUACUGUACAUUUCAAAUAUUUUAUAUGCAUUUUCAAAAUGAAUCAAAAAAGUGUUCUUUACAUAAUCUUGAAAAAGUGCACCUUUAAAAUAUGUGAACAAAUUACACAGUACAUUCACAUGGGAGCGAAACAUGGCAACAAUCAUCACUACAGAAGUUUCCACAAAAGUGAAACACUAGAUGUUUAAGCGUAUGUUUUUUUGUCUCCUGACAUUGGUUUGGACUUGUGCGCUGUGUGUUUUCUGUGCGCAUGCUUCUGUGCUGUGAAUAUGUGUCUGCUGGUGGGUGUGAGUGAGUUUUUUUUGUGUGUGUUUGCUAUUUAUAAUGACCCCUUGGACACGCUUUGAGGCUCUGCUGGUGCCGUAUAAAAUCAAAUAUAUGAAAUAUUUCCUGGAGGAGCAUAGCAGUUCACGCUGAGUGUACGGUGUCAGGUUGGAAAAUGGAAAAUGGCAGAAAGGGAAAUGAGGUCAAUAAUUUGUUUUUAGGUCCAUCUUUAAAUAGAAUCACUAAUGAUUUUCCUGUUGCUAAUGGAGAGCUAUUCCGCAAGUUUUUACUCUCGAGCUGUUGCUCUUGCUCACCACAUGUGCAACAGAUUCAUUAGCUUUGUCUGUUUUUUCUGUGUUUUUAUUUUAUUGCACAUGAUUGGGCUUUUUUUUUGAAGUCGAAGGAAUCUGAGUUAUAAACGGGUGUAAUUAUAUGCCAACUGUCAGUUUACUUGGAGAGAAAAUUUGGCAGUUUAUGAUAGAAAAAUGGUCCUGGUUAGUUUCAAUAUGGCAGGUAUGAAAAAGUGCACGUGGAGAUACUCCAAAUCAGAUCUGUUUCUGGGCUUUGGUUGUUAUUUCGUGUAGCUAUUCAAGGCUAAAAUGGUCGCGCAUGCUGUAAAAUAGCUGUUAUCUAAAUUUACUUUUGCACCAGAGUUUAGUUUGAAUGUUCUGUUCAGUCAGAUUAAACGGGCUGCUGGUAUUGUGUACAGAGACGAUUCUGUCAAGCCAUGAGAGAAAACUAUAUGCAGAGACAGAAAGGAAUGUUUGCACACAAAUGCAUGUAGCCAAUCACACAAAACCAUUUGUGAUGGUAAUAUUAUGCAAAGAAAGCUAUCUCGGGACUCUUAUGCAACGCUUGUCAGGUUUCACAAUGGGUGCUUUUGGUUCGGCCUUGCUCAGGUUUGCUUUCAGGACAUUUUAUGUGGGAUGUUUUUAAAAUGACAUAUUGUAAAUACAAUAAAAUGCAUCCAACAGCCAGGAUCUAUAUAGAAGGGUCGAUGUAUCAAGGCCAUCUUAUUCUCGCAGUUCUAUCAACAUUAACAGACCUGCACGCACACAUCUGUUUUGCUGUCAUAUUAAUGCUGUUUCCUCUCAGCGGUCCACUGACCAACUGCCAAAGCUUCCACGUGUUCAUUUCAUUCAGCUUCUCUUACAGGAUGUGCCUGAUGCUUCGUAAGACAGCAAUAGAACCUCACCACCUUGUUUUAUUAGACUAGACCGUAUGUUUAUAUAAUAUUCGCAACAUACUUUUUUUUUUUUUUUUUUUUUAUGUGUUGACAUAUUGAAUAGGGUUGUGACAGUAUUAGAUUUUCAAUAUAUGAUCAUGGACCAAAAAAAAAAUUCUGAUUUUUAUAAAGUUUGAAAAUAAUAACGCUAUCAGUCAUAUUUACAUAUUGCAUAUAUAUUUACAUAGAUUUUGUGUUUCCAGCAAAAAAUAAAUAAUAGUAUUAAUACAAAUACGGAUGUAGGGAGAUUGAUAGGUUUCUUAAAGUCUGCGUGAAAUCAAAAUUGACUAUAUUUAGUAGCUCACAUCUUGUUUUUGUGGUGAACAAUUUAAUCGUGCAAAUAAAUCCACAAAAAAAUUUUAUUAAAAAACAAAUGUUUGCCUUCAUAAUGUUUAAUCCAAAUCUGAAACUGCUCAUCCCCUCUAAAAUGACGGACCUUCUUUGAUGAUGUCAACUAUAUCCAAUCAUUACGUAGUAGAAAAAGCAAGCUAUAACCUCUAUAAUCUUCACUCAAUAUUCAGUUUUUCUUAAAGUACAUCAAAAUACGAAAGUAAAAUCGGUAGCAAACUUUCGGUUCACGUGGACUUCAAGACAAUACACUGGAUUGUCAUCUCUCUUUUUUUUAUUUAUAAUGAGCAACAUCCAGCUUUAGGGUGCAAUACUGCCACCUACCGUGUUGGAGUGUUUCUAGAAAUUGCCAGUGUUGUAAAAGUCAAUUUUGAACCCUGUGAGUAAGUUACUACUAACUCUCUUCCUGACAUCCAGCAGGACUGUUCCAUUAUAAACUUUGCUUUUAUGAGUAAGUUUCUCCACGUUCAGCCGCCAGGCAGCACUUAGACUGCAUACAUUAGGAAGUUGCAAUUAACUGCUGUACUGCAAUCAGUCUGAAUGGGCUUUCAGUUCUCCCUGUCUUUAUUAUGAGCUUUAACACAGUGGAGAAACCUUAGAACCGCAAUCCGCGAAUCAGCAACAGUGCUGAAGGAACUGGGGGCCGGUAUGAAGACUUUUAAUAGUGCGCUAGUUUCAGAAGCACCACAGUGAAGUUUAAUUGGCGCCCUGCUGAAAUUUGAAAAUCUGUGUUAGCUUUUAAGUACAAUGUGGUCAAAAUUGGAUCACUUUUCUGUAUUUUGAGCAGCAGAAAGUAGGUCCUAUCCAUUUCUAUACACUGUCCGUUUUGUCCGUUUUCUCUAAAUUGUAUCUCUUGGACACGAUUGGCUUCUUGACGUUUUUUCAAGAAGCCAGUGAAGAUAUUGAUUGCAGUAGACAAAAGCUCAUACAUUUUAAGGCUUUUCAUAAACUGCGUGCUGUGCAUGCUUUGUACUGUAUGUUUUUGCAAGUACUUUUGUUGUUUAAUUAUUAGGCUUCAUGCUUCGCUUUUCUGCCUUUCUGUUCUCUUCACCUUUUGAGGCCUAAUGUACUGUGUGUGUGUGUGUGUGUGUGUGUGUGUAUAUAUAUAUAUAUAUAUAUAUAUAUAUAUAUAUAUAUAUAUAUAUAUAUAUAUAUUAUUAGGUGAUCUACAGCCAAUGCUAUUCUUUUGGAACUUAAACACAUUGUUUUGCAGCAGCUGUAGCAGUUUUCUGGUGUUUUUUAUUAUUUAUUUCUUUAUUUUGUUUACAACCGAGGGCCUUUUGGAGUGAAUUUAGCGCACUUAAGGACUCCAGAGACAAUAUCAAGUGUCAAAAUGGCAGUUUAUUGAGUGCACACGGAGAUCAGACCCGCAAUCAGACCUGUCUCCAGGGCUUGGUUUAUUGUUUAAAGUGGGUAGGGGAAACUGAAGUGAUACGGUACUUGAUUUCUCAGAUAUAACUUUACCCACAAAACCAAAUGUCGUUCCAAGUACAUUUUGCACUAGAGUUCUGCAGUUUGGUCGGGUUUUGAGAUUAGACAUGCUGGUGAGGUUAUGCCUUGAGAACAUGGUGUUUGUAGAGUCAUCUCUAAAAAGGUUAUGCAUGGACAGCAAGGAAUGUAUCUCGCCAAACAUAAGGACGCUUAAGGAAUGACCUCACAUAGAUUAUGCAAUAAAACAGCUACGCGUUUGUCAGGUUUUCAGGCGAGUGGUUUGAGUGUGGGCUUGCUCAGGUUUGCUCAUAAGGCCUCAAAGGGUGCUUCAGUCGAACCUCCCCGUUUCCUUCCCAGCUCUCCAGCAUCUGUGCUGGUUCCUACAGGACAUAAACCCUGCUUGCACACUGGAUGAUUUGCAUGCAUGAUUAUUAAAUAACAAUAAAUGAGAUUUACAGUGCGGGGGGGCCCUUUCUGCCAAGAUAUUUCCAGUACUGUGCUUCUGGACAUUUGAACAUUCUGCAAAAUUAGUUUGCGAUCCAGGUGCAAACAAAAGGGUUCAUGUCUUUACUAUCUCUCUCUAUUCCAGCUAGCACUCCCUUUGGGCUCUAAAUUACAUGUGCAUGUCUGUUUUUGCUGUCAUGUUUGCUCUGCUUUUGCUAGUUUUCCGUCUCAGUGGUCCACUGGCCACAUGCCACAGUUUCCAUAUGUUCAGCUGCUCUUGGAUGAUGUACCUGAUACGUAGGCCCAAACACAACCUGCACAUUUUAUUUACUAAUUUUGGGGGGAAAUAUGCGUAAUAGAUUUUAAAUAGGGUAAGAUGUGUUAAAUGGAGCCAAAUUCGGCAGUUGAAAGCGAAACAUCCCAAAUAUUGAAUACAUUCGAUUUGUGUGGGCUUACAGGUACGAACUGAAAAAUGCAAAAAUGUAUCCAAAUUUAAAUGUGUUUAUGCAAAUUGUUUGUAUAGUAUUGUUUACUGUUGACACAGACAUUGUGCAAAUGGUGCAUUUGUGGUUUGUGGAUGAGGAAAAAAAGUAGCCUAAAUAUUUCUAGCUUCACUGUGAUCAAAUCUCGCAUCACAUUUUUACAGUCUGCAGUCACUCAGGAGUCCUAACCAAUCAGAGGCCAGCUAACAAAUGAUUUGCUGAAAGAGCUGGAGAUGUCGGACUACACCUCGUUAUAAUUGUACUGGGUCUUGAGGAAUCUAGUCGCAUCGCUCGGAUGCAGCUAAAGAUGUACGGUGAGGCUGGAGUGCAGGAAAUUGAUCAAAUGUGAAGCUGCUUCGCAGUAGCGUUCAAUACAGAGUUGGGCAGAUAAUGUUCUGAGAGUCUCGGCACGGCAUGUUUCAACGUUCAGCUGAUUGGACCAGGUUCAGGAAGUCUUUAGGAUCCAUUCUCCAACUAGUGUGGAGGAGCAGGAAAGCUUAUGCAAGCUCUGGGCCAAAUGGACACGUGUAACUCAGAAUAUCUCAACAAGAAUACACUCAAAACCUCUAAAUAUCUACUGUGAUCUCCUCUCACUCCACCACACCUCCAUCACGCCAACCACCCGUUCACCCCCCUGCGCCUAUCCUAGUCCUAGUUUUUUGGGUGGUGUGAUGUCAGGUUUUCUUGUGGUGGGCUGUUUUCGACAGGUCCAGACAAUCAGCGUGUUUGUCAAUGUCAAUGUGUGAUUUUCAAACUCUUUGUUUAUGGUCAGGAUUUUAAAGGAAGAUAUUUUUAUGGUAAUUGUCGCUGGUCUAUUUUACUAUAUAUUUAUGUAAUAAAUAUGUGACUCAAUUUA